UCAGAAAAAUAACAUUCCUGACCAGGACAAUGACAUAGUCUCCUUGUAGUAGACUCUAACAGAAAUUUCUUUGAUUCAGGCGAGUGGUGUGUAUAAAGGAGGUUGAAAUUCUUGGCCUUAUGUGCAUAGACUGGCAGUGUCUAUUUGAAGAUUUUGUAUUUCCUCCUAGUGUCAAUGGAAACAUACUAAACAUUUCAGUUAAGGAUCAGAGUAUGUUCCACAAAAAAGAUAGUGCCAAUCAAUCCUGUCUCCGGAAAAUUUACCUGCUGGAUACCACCACAGCAGAGAGAGCAUGUCAUGCCAUUGAGGAUGCACAGUCCAUGAGACACCAGCAAAACUUGAGGAAGCAGUCAUCACUGAAACUUCUCAGGCCCUAAGUACCUUGUAAUCACAGAUCCUAGGGCUGCUCCUGGGAGAAAAUCAGUCAUGUCUGUGAACCACCCUUCUUUAUCUUACCAAAGAGAACAUUUGAAGCAGUCCUUUAGUUGUAGAUUUUUUUUUCUAGAAUAGCUGGAUACUUGGUUU